CAGUGUCCACUCAAAGCUCAAAUGAAGGACCUAUUGCGGUCAUAUAAGUGCAUGGGCGGAUACUUUAAAAAAGGAAAACAUUAUUCUCACGAAGACGGAGUUGAUCCUUAAAGAGGGAAAGGAAGCUCGGAGGAGGACAGAAACCUUAUCUACUAGGAGACUCAGGAACACGUAUGAUGGAGAAGAGGAUGUACAGCCUUCUGUUUUUCACAGGACUCGUCACCCUCGUCCAGUCCGUCCCUCAUAAGUACUAUCUGAUCCAGCAGGGGAAAACAUGGAGUGAUGCUCAGGCAUACUGCCGGGUCACACACACUGACCUGGCUAUCGUCGAGAGUAAUGAGGACAUGGUCCGACUGCAGAACGAGGCACAGAGACAACAGUUCAAUUCCAGCGCUUGGAUCGGACUGUGGAACGACAUCCACAGCUGGCGCUGGUCUCUGGGAAAUGAGCCGCUGGGAUCGGAGACAUUUUGGUAUUUUAAUGAACCGAACAACGGUGGAGGAAACCAGGCGUGUGCUGCGACAGAUACGAGGCAGUGGAGUGAUAAAGCAUGUACUGACAAAUACCCCGUUGUGUGUUUUGAUGAGAAUAAAGCUGGCACUGAAAGGUUUAUUUACGUCCCUAACAGCAUGACGUGGCUUGAAGCUCAGAGUUACUGUAGACAGUAUCACACAGACCUGACCAGUGUGAAGAGUCUCACAGAAAACAACAUUGUAAAGGGACUGAUCUCUGGAUACUCGUGGAUCGGCCUGUUCAGAGACUCCUGGAAGUGGACGGACAAGACCAACUUCUCCACCGUCAGCUGGGUGACUGGAAAACCUGAUAAUGCUCUGAAGGUAGAGAAUUGUGGUUAUAUAAUUAACAACCAGGCUGCUGAUGCGCUCUGCUCAGACGUUAAGCCUUUCUUCUGCUGUUCAGAUAUCACUGGACAAAAGCAGACCAUAAGGGUGAAGAUCCAGUCCAGUCAGGAUGUGAAGGAUCCUGCAGUAAAAGCCAUGAUCUUGAAGCAGAUAUACCAGAAACUAAAAGAUCAUGAGAUGGCAGAGAACAGCACAGUGAAAUGGGCAGAACAGAGGGAUGGAGAGGUGUUUCACAAGAAGAAGGACAAUAAUAUUGGGGCAGGAAAUGAGAACCAGCAAAGAUGUGACCUUUAAGUUCUUUAAAAUGAUUUCCUCUGCAUUUUCUUCUCAUUUUGGAGUAAUCUUCUGGCAGUGAAUAAGUAGAAUAGCACUCUGAUAUUUUUCUAUUACUACUAGACAUUAAGAAAGAUAGCACUAUUUAUUCUUGGUGGAAAAUGUAAUAUUUUAUUAUAUAUUUUAAACACAUGACAUGACAUGUAUAUGUACAAAUGACAUGUAUAAGAUUUCAGGUUUUAGCAAUGCAUUAUCACACUAGAGUUUUGGACAUCGUGUGUAAGUAAAAGUGAAGGAAAAAAUGAUUUGAUCCCCUGCUGAUUUUGUACGUUUGCCCACUGACACAGAAAUGAUCAGUCUGUAAUUUU